AUGGAAGACAUAAAAUAAGUCCCAUCCUUUCUAAUGAAACUGUAUGAGAUUUUAGAAUCUGAAUAAGCGGCAAUAUGUUGGAAUAAGGAGGGAACGACAUUUUAGAUCCAAGAUUCUGUGUAAUUGACAGAUCAGAUUCUGCCUCAAUACUUUAAACAUCGUAAUUUCUAGAGUUUCUUGAGACAGCUCAAUAUGUAUGGAUUUAAGAAAUUGAAAAACAAUCAGGGGAAGAAUGAGUUCCAACAUUCCCUCUUCAGAAAAGGAGUUAAAAAUAACUUGGCUAAUAUUAAGCGUCGCAAUUAGGAGGACAUAAAGCAGAGUUUGGAGACCUUGACCAAAGAAUUCUAAUCAGAAUCCUAUCUGAAUGAACACGACAAGAUGAGGAAGUAGCUGGUCUAAAUUUAAUCAGAUCAGCAGAGAAUAUUGAAUGAGAUUAGAUUCUAGAUGGAUCGCAAUCAAAAAUUGUUCAAAGAAACGCAGGAUAUAACUGAUAAAAUAAAUCAAAUAAAAAACUACUCAUUAACAAAACUCAAUAAAUUGAUUCUUAUAAUUUAGAAGUUGCCUCAAGAUGCCCAAAUAAGCAAGAUGGCGAUGCUGAAGGAUAAAAUUUUAAGAAAAUUGGAAACAAUUGAAACUGAAAGUUAUCAAGCAAAAGAUAUCUCUUUUGACAAGCAAGAAUCAAAUAGUUAUUAUGAGCCAAAUCUAACAGGAGUCAGAAGUCCUGCUGGUUACUCACCUAAAACUAAAUGA